UCCCUUUUUGUCUUUCUUUUCUUUUUGUCUGCACCAGUCAGAUGGAGUAAAAACAUGAUGUUUGAAUGGUUUUAAUAUUAGCGUCUUCACAUUAAAACCUUUGAUAUUUACUCUGUGCAGGAUUAUUAGUUUAUGAAUCUUUCAUGUUUUAUAUUUGGUGUCAUUUGUGAAUUCAAUUUAUCCUGGAUUAAUCUCAAGAUAUCACUCGAAUCGCGUUAGUCUUUGAAAAAGUGGUAAAAUCAUUUCUUGUGACUGCUGUUUAGUUGUAUAAUAAUAUCUACCUGUGGCGAUGUUCAUCUCGAUUGUUUGGAUAUGAGUCUAUAUGAAAAUAACACCACAAAUGCCUCUGUUCACCAAGUCCACCAUCAAAAUCAUUCACCAUUAAUCGACUCCAAUUAUCCAAUCUUCUAUGGCGAAUUGGUCAUUCUAGGAUAUAAUGGGAAUCUUCCACAUGGAGAGAAAGGUCGUCGUCGUAGUAAAUUCAUUUUAACGCAACGUAAUGUACCAAAUGGUGUGAAAAAAUCAAAACAUUAUGUGGUCAAACAACCUCAACAGACAAAAGCUAUCCAGGAUAAGGGAAAACAUUCAAUUUCUUACACAUUAUCUCGCACCCAAGCUGUGAUAGUCGAGUACACUCCUGAUAAUGAGACCGACAUGUUCCAGAUCGGUCGCUCAUCAGAAAGUCCAAUUGACUUUGUUGUCAUUGACACAGUCUCUCCAGAUAAACCAGUUGGAGAUACUCUGGCUCAGCAAAGUACUAUAUCAAGAUUUGCAUGCAGGAUACUCGUUGAAAGGAAUCCUCCUUACACUGCUCGUAUUUAUGCUGCCGGAUUUGAUUCUUCGCGUAACAUUUUUCUCGGCGAGAAGGCAACAAAAUGGCAACAUGACGGAGAAAUGGACGGCUUAACUACCAAUGGCAUACUUAUAAUGCACCCCAAGACAACCUUUUGUUCAAAUGGAAAUGUGAUUGAUGAUAUACCAAACAGCGGCCAGAAAUAUUGCCUCUGGAGAGAAGUCUCUGUCUGUGGUGGAAUUUAUGCGAUUCGUGAAACUCGAUCAGCUUCAGAAAAAGGUGAUAAAAUUGAUUUGGAAACCAAUAUUUUGAAAGAUGGCACUUUAAUUGAUCUCUGCGGUGCAACACUUAUUUGGCGAUCUGCGGAAGGACUUUUACGAUCACCAACCAAGAAAAGUUUGGAAGAUAUGAUUGAUGAUCUGAAUGCAGCUCGACCACAAUGCCCAGUAGGACUGAAUACCCUUGUUAUAUCAAGAAAAAGCUCAACUUUAUGUGAAAAAGAGAAACAACCUUAUGUUUAUCUUAACUGUGGGCAUGUUCAAGGUUUACACGAUUGGGGCCAAAGUAAAAAUUCCAAUGCGCGAACUUGUCCAAUGUGUCUCAGUGUUGGUCCAGUGGUUAGAUUAACCAUGGGAAUCGAAUCUUCAUUUUACGUUGAUUGUUCAUCGCCAACAUUCGCAUUUAAUCCUUGUGGUCACAUGGCAUCUGAAAGAACAGUCAGAUUUUGGUCGUCAAUAGCAAUACCGCACGGUACCAAUGGUUUUCAUGCAAUGUGUCCUUUUUGUGGAACUCCAGUUUCUGGUAAAUUGGGCUUUGUGCGAUUAAUAUUUCAAGAUCAUGUUGAUUAAGACCUUAAUUAACUGAGAUCAAUAUAUCUUAUCGGAUAAAUCGCAGUGAACACACAAUUUUAUCGUGUGUAUUUAAUAAUAUAUCAUACAUAUGGUAAUUUAAUAUGUACAUGAUAACGAUACUAGCCAAUGAAGUGCAUCCAGCAUUAAUUUCUUAAUUGUAUUUCUAUUUCACUCGCAAUGUAUACAUAAACAUUCACACACACAUACACCAAACUUACUUACUCAUAACAUUUACCUUUUAAUCAGAUCAUAAUUAAUGAUGGAAGUACAUUUAAAAAAUGAUCAUCAUUACUGUUUCAUGUACAGUGAAUCUUUUUUCGUAGCAAACAAUUUCAAAGAAUGGUUAUUUUUCAUUACCGACAUGAUUUUUUGUCUUUUAAGUAAAAAUCGCUAAUAAAUAAUAAAUAAUUUCACCAAUAA